GCUUUCCUUUUUGCGACGGUGGCACGUGUGAUAGACCUCUACAAAAAGCUUCUUCGAUUCACCCAGGUGAACAAGAUCUGCGCAACUACACGUCCGUAUCGGGCAGUUUAUACACCCUCAAACCCGCGAUAAUCAGGCCACUUUUUCGGUUUCUUGCAGUUGGCUACCCAACAGGCCGUCAUUGUUGACACGCAUAGAAUUCGAGAGUUAUACGGCAACGCCAUCGUCGUGAUGGAGGAUAUACUCCGUCUCUGGGUUGCCAUCGCAGCUUUGGGCGCUUAUAUCAGCAUCAAGACCAUCUAUCGCCUUUACUUCCACCCGCUGUCCCAUAUUCCCGGCCCAAAGCUGGCGGCAUGCUCACAUCUCUAUGAAUUCUACUACAAUGUCAUUCUUUCGGGCAAAUAUUUAUUUGAAAUGGAGAAGAUGCACCAGAAAUACGGACCCAUAAUUCGCAUCAACCCUCGUGAGAUUCACAUUAGCGAUCCCACCUUCUAUGAUGAAAUCUAUGCUUCAAGUAGCCGAAAGAGGGAGAAGGACCCCCAGUUCGUGCCUACGUAUGCUUUGCCUGGCUCCAUGGUGGCAUGUGUGAGCCAUGAGCUUCACCACCUCCGUCGAGGUAUUUUGAAGGAUUUUUUUUCGCGGCGUUCCGUCUUGGAGCUUUCAGAAAUGAUGAAUGAGCGAGUCCAGGCCCUCAUGAAACGCCUGGAUGGAUUUCGGAUUGCCCAAGCUACAGUACCCAUUGAUGAUGCUUUCUCGGCGCUAACAUCCGAUGUUAUCACGUCCUACUGCUGUGGCAAGCACUGGGGAUUCAUAGAGGACCCUGAUUUCCGCAACGAUGUCCGCUUAGCCACUGCGGAUGCGGCGAGCUUUACUCACGUUUCCCGAUUUUUCCCCUGGCUAGUAACCCUAUCGACUCAUCUCUCGCCACGGACACUGUCUAUCCUUAUGCCGGGAAAAGCGGGACUAUUUGAAUUCCUCGAAUCCUUCUUAGAGUAUGCGCGGAAGGGCAUUGCGACAGGGAAGAGGAAGUCGAUGCUUGCCACCCUGGCGGAUCCGAGCAUCCCGCCGCAAGAAAGAACUUUCCAUCGGCAGAGAGAUGAAGCGUUUGGCAUCAUUGGUGCCGGAACGGAAACAACAGCGACUGUGCUAACUGUGGCUUUCUACCACCUCGCCCGGGAUAAUGCGGUGAGGGACAAGCUGCAGGCGGAGCUGAAACAGCUGAUGCCUACGCCGGACAGCACACCGACCUGGAUUGAGCUCGAGCGCCUACCUUAUCUAGAUGCUUUCAUCAGCGAAUCCCUGCGUAUGGGCUCCCCAGUACUAGGCAGGUACACGCGCGUUGCGCCGACAGAGACUCUAACAUACAAGAACUAUGUUAUUCCACCAGGAACUCCAAUGAGCAGUGCCUCCUAUUUCGUCCACAAGGACGAGACACUCUUCCCGGACCCCGACGCCUUCCGCCCCGAGAGAUGGAUUGAAGCGGCCGAGAGAGGUCAGAAUCUCAAAAAGCAUCUAGCGUCUUUCACCAAAGGAAGCAGAAACUGCAUAGGAAUCAAUCUUGCUUACAUGGAAUUGUUUCUCACCGUUGCAGCUUUUGUACGCCGGUUUAAUCUAGAGUUGGUUGAUACAACGCCAGAUGAUGUUCGUGUUGUCCGAGAAUUCUUGAUAGGUUUUACGAACAAGGGCAGCAUGAAGGUCAAAGGGAGGUUGACGCUUGUUGAUGACGAAUAGAGAGAUAACACAACAUGAGCCAUACAUACGCAGAACGUGCCCCUAACUCAAUGUAUGCUAGCCCUGUCC